GAUGUGGUGACUGGUGUGUGUUACAGAAAGAGAAACAUGUCUCACUCUCACGAAGCCCUCAUUCUUAUCCAAAAAAUGGUGAAAGUGCCUCCAACAAAAGCUCUCUUCUUCUUCAAUUCUUCAACCAAUUACCACACUUGCCACUCUAUUUCCUUCAUGUUAAACCUUCUCCUUUCCUCUGGUAUGUUAUCCCAAGCUCAAUCUCUCCUUCUACGUAUAAUCUCAGGUCGAAUUUUCUUAUCUAGCUUCUCCCCCUCCUCUUUUAUCCAUCAACUAACACAAACCCAUUUCACCUCUCAUACUCUUCUCUAUGAAGCAAUUAUUAAUGCAUAUGUUCAUUCUCACUCACCUCAUCAAGCUCUUAAUUUUCUACACCAAAUGGUUCACCAGGGCCAUGUUCCUAGAUCAAACACGUUCAAUAAUCUUUUGAGCAUUCUCAUUAGAUCAAAUUGUUUUGAUACAGCUUGGCGGGUUUUCAAUGAAUUGAAGGGUAAGCUUGUUGUGGAUGUUUACAGUUUUGGGAUUAUGAUCAAGGGUUGUUGUGAAGCUGGUGACUUGGUGAGAGGUUUUCAGCUUCUGGCUAUGUUGGAAGAGAUGGGUUUGUCUCCAAAUGUUGUCUUAUACACUACGUUGAUUGAUGGCUGUUGCAAGAAUGGUGAGGUUCGGCUGGCAAAGAAGUUGUUUUGCAAGAUGGAGAGGUUGAAUUUAGUUGCCAAUCAGCAUACUUAUAGUGUGUUAAUGAAUGGGUUUUUCAAGCAUGGCCUUCAAAGGGAAGGAUUUCAAAUGUAUGAAAAUAUGAAGAAAAGUGGGAUUGUGCCUAAUGUUUAUGCUUACAGUUGUGUCAUCAAUGAGUAUUGUAAUGGUGGGAUGGUGGAUAAAGCUUUUGAGGUGUUUGAUGAAAUGCGCGACAUAGGUAUUGCAUAUGGUGUUAUGACAUACAACCUUUUAAUUGGUGGGCUGUGUGCAAUGAAGAGGCUUGGGGAAGCAGUGAAGUUAGUUCAUCAAGUCAACAGUGUUGGCCUUAGUCCUAAUAUUGUUACAUACAAUUUACUGAUCAAUGGGUUUUGUGAUGUUGGAAAGGUGGACACUGCUGUUAGAUUGUUCAAUCAAUUGAGGUCAAAUGGACUAUCGCCAACGUUAGUAACUUAUAAUACAAUGAUUGCUGGAUAUUGUAAGGUUGGAGAUUUAGAAGGAGCUCUUCACUUGGUCAAGGAAAUGGAGGAGAGAUGCGUUGCUCCUUCCAAAGUGACAUAUACAAUUCUGAUUGAUGCUUUUGUAAGAUUAAAUUUUAUGGAAAAAGCUUUUGAGAUGCACACUUUGAUGGAAAAGGCUGGUUUGGGUUCGGAUGUAUACUCGUACAGUGUCCUAAUACAUGGGUUAUGUAUGCAUGGUAACAUGAAAGAAGCAUCAAAACUCUUCAAAUCAUUGGGUGAGCUGCACUUAGAACCAAAUAGUGUCAUAUAUAAUACGAUGAUUCACGGUUACUGCAAAGAAGGAAGCUCUUAUAGGGCUCUUAGGGUACUCAAAGAAAUGGUUGAGAAUGGAAGGGUUCCAAAUGUGGCCAGUUUUUGUUCAACCAUAGGGCUUCUUUGCAGAGAUGGAAAGUGGAAGGAAGCUGAUCUUCUCUUACAACAGAUGAAAAAUUCAGGACUAAAGCCAUCAGUUUCUUUGUACAAUAUGGUUUACAAAGUAAAUAUUGAAGAAAGUAAUAUAAUAUCUAAUUCGUAAUUUUUCUUCCUCUUGAUUCUAUUUCUCUUCAAUAGAAUAUUUUGUAACCAUUAAUCGAGCUCGUUCAGGAAUUAUACUGUUUUUAUACACGUGUGUGUGUAUAUAUAUAUAUAUAGUUUGGCUUUGGCUCUUGGAUUAUUUUGGAGUUGGAUAAUCAUGGCAACUCUCUUAAUGGCGAAAUGUUUGACUGGGCCGUGGCCCCAUGGCCCAAAGGUUAAUGACGCAAUGUUAUCCAGUGUAUGAAUGAUAGAGCAUGUUAGCCUUAAACAAUGGGAGGGACCAGUACAUUUGAUGAGGCACAGCUGGGCAGGUUGAGUUGUUGCAAGAACUGGCUGAAUUCAUUGAGCAUUUAAUAUACAACUUGGGAAUUCCAUUUUCAUAUCCUGAUCUUUACCACGCGCGGCAAGGGGGUCCUUGAUCAUGAACCAGCAAGUACCACUAAUUUUUGCAUCUUUUCGUUUGGAAUUUACCUAAAUAAUAGUUUCAGGAUGCAAAACAAGAAACCACGUGUAUGUGGGGGGCUUGAAUCAGUUAAUGAUAUUGAGUGAUUAUAUCCGUACCCGUACCAACUUGUAUACACAUCUUGGUGGAUGAUAUAUCAUAAAUGGCAAGUGUUGUGGCCUACUUAUAUUUCUUUCCCUACACGGGAUUUGUAUUUAGCAAGUAGCUUGCAUGAAUUAAAUUCGAAUGUGCAAGCUCAUCUUCACUUAGCCAAGUUCGCAACCAAACGAAUGAUUCACGGAUGUUGCUGCUGUUUCCAUUACAAGUGG